AUUACAGUCAGCUGCUAUUCAGAGAUUUAAUGCCACAGGGAGAUCAUGAUGUCGGAGUCUUUCUUCCACUGGGCUUUUGGAGUAACCGAGCCUGACUGUUAUGGAGCCAUUGAUGUGGACUCUGGGAAAUCCAUCCUUUUUGUUCCCAAACUGCCCGAGAGCUAUGCUACUUGGAUGGGAGAGAUCUUUCCUAAAGAGCACUUUAAGGAGAAGUAUGCGGUUGAUGAGGUGCAUUACACCUGUGACAUUGUUGAUGUCCUGUCCAACCUGACUGCAGCAGUGCUCCUAACACUGCUUCCAAGUGAACAACACUCUUUUGCACCCUGUCAUUAUGGAAUGCCGUUUGACUAAGACUGAUAUGGAGCUGGAGGUCUUGCGAUACGCCAACCGGAUUUCCAGUGAAGCUCAUAAAAUGGUAAGAUCUUUCUCGGACAGACAGAAGAUGUGCAAGGGUGCUAAAAGUAAGUAGGUUUUAAAAUUUCAAAACAAUAAAAGAAAGGAGCAGAAAGAAAAGAAACAUUCAGAACAUGAAUAUAAACGGGCAGAGUAUGGCAGUAUCAAGCAGUUUCAGUUUAAAAAUCGUCCAAGGAUUCAAGAUGCCAGGAUCCUCUAAGGCUAUAAACUGUUU